AUGGACGAUUCCAAGGUGAAUGUCGACGUCUUUCGCAUGGCCGACCCAAUUGGUGGCAUCCUACGGUCGAUGCCUCACAACAUCUGUGAGGGUUGCCACGCGCCAAUCGACGAGCGAGUCUUCCUGGCUGUCGACAACCAACUCUGGCAUGCCGCGUGCCUGCGCUGUGAUGCGUGUCGCGGUGACCUUCAGUGGGACCAAUCGUGUUUCAUUUACAAGGGUCGUGUCCUCUGCCGCGCUGACUACCAAAGGUUCCCUUUGAACAUUGAUUACCCCUUCCGAAAACAUCACCUCUUGCAAAAAUCAAUUAAAAAGACGAACUACCUACAGGAGAAGAUUAGGAAAGCUGAUAAUGAUCAAAUUUUGGGCUUCAACGUGCCUUGUUGAAAUACGCCCUAGAGCUUCAAUCAUUACAUACCAUUGCGGCGACUAGGGAAACCGAAGUAGACAUCGUAGAAUAAUGGCAACUUCCCUUGAUAGACGUCGUAAAAGGAAUACUGAUAGGGUGAGAAUAUGAACCCUGGGACUCCAGGGAACUACACAACCCUCUACCCAUUUCCACAGGGAAUUAUAUUGCAAAACUAUUUGUGGAUGGAAGUUUGGGAAAAAUCGAAAACAACACAAAUUCUUUCCCUGUAGCACGUCUCUACGAACUAAAAAAAUUGGUGACGGCAAUGGACAACCUCUUUUUCCAUGUGCAAAUUGUGUGGAGACCCAGAUGUCUUGCCGAUAAAGCACCCAGCGACACUACAGUCCAUAGUUUUUCCGGCAGUGCGGCAUAAACAGCCCGAGCUCUCGACACCUCAGAUUUGGGCAAAUUACUUGACUUUAAGAUAAUCGAAAUCGAUCUUUUCUAUUCACAAACGUUAACCCGGUCGAUAAACAGUACGAGACCGUUGACCUCGACGUCCAAGCCAACAACGGCACAAGUUAAACGUUUGGUCACCGCCAAUUUUUAAAAUAUGUAGACUAAUUGAACGUGUGAGACAACUUUUCGAGACAAAUUUACGCCAAAAGUAAAGACUGGUCAACACCUAUUAGCCUCAUUCUGAACCCAGUGAUCAAUUUUAAACCAAUAAAGAUCCUAGAUCUUCUGGAUUAAAGUCGGAGAUUGUUUAAUUGACAGAAACAACCCGGCCAGAAUGACUAUUCCAGUUUUUGUGUCUUUGCUAAUGGUGUGAUUGCUAUAGGAUAAAAGACCAUGAGUGACCGUACGUCAUUAGUGGUAAUCUAUCUGAACAGUGCUCACACGCACUUAAACUGGGCUGCAGUCCGCUGGGUGUGCAUAGAACUGGCAUAAGUUCACGUUCUCACACCAUUGUAUUCUAAUUGCAAACCUACGUGUAUGGAAUCAAAUCAGUAGCAGAGCUCAAUGACCGAGUAAACCAUUUGCUCCCAAUCUACGCGUCCCACCUCCACGCUCGGGAAUUUGGACAUUUGGAAAUUGUCAUAAAUAGCCUGCCGGACGGGCGUCUCAAUAGGGUGUCAUAGAGGAAAAGUUAAUUAGACAGUUCUUAAGUUUGAAUUGGGGAAGAAGCUCACAAUUUUUCCUGCAGAAUUAUGUAUCUCAUGGGAUGGCCUAUCUAGAGACCAUUAUAAAAACGGUCACAGACAUGACUUAACAUAUUCUCACCGCCUCUUCCGAUUUUCUCCUUUGACAGCCUUUCCCUGUGCCCCGGCUGUGAUCGAAGACUGUCCGAAGAUGAUCUGGUUUUUCGGCUGACUGAGAGGAUUGUCUACCACUCUGAGUGCCUCCGUUGCCACGCGUGUGGAGUGGUCUUGCGUCUGGGUGACACCUACGCACUUCUGGGGGGACGAAGUGUGGUCUGCGCAAAGCACGCAACAGAAGCAAUGGCAGCGGCAGAUGUCAAUGCGGAACCUCAGAUCUACGAAGGGGCAUCAUACUCCGAUCAGCAGUCAGGUGUCAUAACAACAGAACGUGGUGCGCCGGGGACACGGAAGGGUAAGAAGCCCGGUAAGAGGUCAUCGAAAAAAACGUACUGCAGUGUACAGUUCGAUCGGCUCACGUCGCUUUCUUCAACUCAUGUUCGACGGCACCAGCAGCAACUACAGGAACCCUCGCUGUUCACAGAGGACAAUUCACCCCUGGGUCAGCCAAGUAAGCCAAGAUGCAAAUAUUAUUCGUUAAAAUACAAUCUACUUACGCGUUGUUAGUAACACAUACGUAUUUGCUUAAAACAGCGAAGAGCAGCAAAUUGUCGGUCCCCGUCGACAAGUCAAAAAAGACAAGAGCUUCGAGAUGUCGAAGUUCUGCCAUCAAUGGAACAACCAGAUCCAAAAAGCGUAUUCGAACUUCCUUUAAGCAUGACCAACUGCGAGCCAUGAAGGCGCACUUCGAGCUUAACCAGAAUCCGGAUUCGAAGGAUUUGCGGAAACUCUCAGAUGAAACCGGCCUUACCAAGCGCGUUUUGCAGGUAAGCAACAAAGAUGCUUACAGGUUUGCCAACAGAAGCAGAAUACUAUCAUUUACAAGAUCAAAUGCUUGCGAAAGAGGCCAGUGUUCUGAGGUUGGCGACAUCUGUUGUCCACAGUAAAUACUGUCAAGUCAAACCAAGUAUAUCCCAUAGCUACUUAAAUGACCUGAAACCAGCAGAACAGACUAGUUUGCAUUCAACGGUUGGCGGAAGGGAUGAGAGAGUUAACGACUGAUCUAUUCGUUUGAAUCGCAGAGGCUCAAGGAAAGUGAAUGAGGCUCUCUUGGUCAACAGAAUCACUAAUAACACACGCAUUGAAAAAAUGUCACGCCUCAAAAGCGGUACUGUUUGCGUGAAUAUCGUACGCGGCAGAAUAUAGUGUAAAAAUCGGGCCUCUAAAUUGGCUACGUGAAAUAAGUUUAAUUAGAUCAGGAAAGGUAAGUGACGCCUUCUGGACAACCCGCUGGUCUCCUCAAAAUUGAUCCUUCAUCAUCUGCGGCCCCAAAAAUCCCAUGAUAUGUUCUCGGGCCAAAUAAUUUUAUAAUCUUCCAACUGUUCGAUUUGCUAACUGAACUAACCGUGCUUCAUUUUCCUUCGCGCGACCAAGCCACAUUUUCUCUGAAUUUUAGGUAUGGUUUCAAAACGCAAGGGCGAAGUAUCGACGCUGGGGUUCGCUUGCCGAUUCAUCUGAUGCUGAUCAGUUUUUCAGCCCUCUUGGCCAGCCAGACUCUCCUGACGUGACUCAGUCCCACAGCACCACGAAGAACGACCAGAUUUUCGCGCCAAUCAGGGAUAUCCUCCCUCAAAAUAUCCCUUCAGAUGGUCCAAAAUCGACAUCGAACAUGGAAGACAUGUUUUCCGAAAGGCUAAAUGAAUGGCAGGAAUCCACCACUCCCCCGCCGAGAGAUUCGACCCAUCUCAGAAGAGGGGUGUUUGAAUUGUCAGCAGAGUUUCGGCUGAUCAAUUUGCCGACUCAGAUAACCCCCUUACAGAGCCAAGUAGCCCCAGUCACUUGA